GAACAGAACUGGAGGAGCUCAAACACAACCGUACUCGUGUGAAGUGAAAAACGUUUCAUCUACUCAAACCAUACACAAGAAUACUGGUAGCUGGCGAUGAAGUAAUGGAAAUGAAUUUCACUCAAACAACAGGUUCAAUCUUGAUUUUCGCAGUCAUUUUUUCAGUUCAGACUCAUUCACUGGAGUCUGCAGAGAAAAUGACAACAGAGGCAGAGGGCACAGGAAAAAUAAGAAAUAAAGAACAUGAUGUACACAGCAGCAUUGUUUCACAUUUGAUAACAAGGUUCACCGGUUGGAAACAUAUAAAUGAGAAUGAAAGAAAAGGUGAACUUCAAAACCUGCAUUUGAUUCGAGAGAAAAGAUCGGGAGGAACUCCGGAACCAACAGCAGAAUGGGAAAGUGAACCAGAACCAACUGCAGAAGGAGAAAGCGAACCAGAACCAACAGCAGAAGGAGAAAGUGAGCCCGAACCAACUGCAGAAGGAGAAAGUGAACCAGAACCAACAGCAGACGGAGAAAGUGAACCAGAACCAACUGCAGAAGGAGAAAGUGAACCUGAACCAACUGCAGAAGGAGAAAGUGAACCAGAACCAACAGGAGAAGGAGAAAGUGAGCCCGAACCAACGGCAGAAGGGGAAAGUGAGCCCGAACCAACAGCAGAAGGAGAAAGUGAGCCCGAACCAACAGCAGUAGGAGAAAGUGAGCCCGAACCAACGGCAGAAGGGGAAAGUGAGCCCGAACCAACCGCAGAAGGAGAAAGUGAACCAGAACCAACUGCAGAAGGAGAAAGUGAGCCCGAACCAACUGCAGAAGGAGAAAGUGAACCAGAACCAACAGCAGACGGAGAAAGUGAACCAGAACCAACUGCAGAAGGAGAAAGUGAGCCAGAACCAACAGCAGAAGGAGAAAGUGAACCUGAACCAACUGCAGAAGGAGAAAGCGAACCUGAACCAACUGCAGAAGGAGAAAGCGAACCUAAACCAACUGCAGAAGGAGAAAGCGAACCCGAACCAACUGCAGAAGGAAAAAGUGAGCCUGAACCAACAGCAGAAGGAGAAAGCGAACCCGAACCAACUGCAGAAGGAGAAAGUGAACCCAAACCAACUGCAGAAGGAGAAAGUGAACCAGAACCAACAGCAGAAGGAGAAAGUGAGCCCGAACCAACUGCAGAAGGAGAAAGUGAACCAGAACCAACUGCAGAAGGGGAAAGUGAACCAGAACCAACAGCAGAAGGGGAGAGUGAACCAGAACCAACGGCAGAAGGGGAAAGUGAACCAGAACCAACGGCAGAAGGGAAAAGUGAGCCCGAACCAACAGCAGAAGGAGAAAGUGAGCCCGAACCAACAGCAGUAGGAGAAAGUGAGCCCGAACCAACGGCAGAAGGGGAAAGUGAGCCCGAACCAACUGCAGAAGGAGAAAGUGAACCAGAACCAAAUGCAGAAGGAGAAAGUGAGCCCGAACCAACUGCAGAAGGAGAAAGUGAGCCCGAACCAACUGCAGAAGGAGAAAGUGAACCAGAACCAACAGCAGACGGAGAAAGUGAACCAGAACCAACUGCAGAAGGAGAAAGUGAGCCAGAACCAACAGCAGAAGGAGAAAGUGAACCUGAACCAACUGCAGAAGGAGAAAGCGAACCUGAACCAACUGCAGAAGGAGAAAGCGAACCUGAACCAACUGCAGAAGGAGAAAGCGAACCCGAACCAACUGCAGAAGGAGAAAGUGAGCCUGAACCAACAGCAGAAGGAGAAAGCGAACCCGAACCAACUGCAGAAGGAGAAAGUGAACCCAAACCAACUGCAGAAGGAGAAAGUGAACCAGAACCAACAGCAGAAGGAGAAAGUGAACCAGAACCAACAGCAGAAGGAGAAAGUGAACCAGAACCAACAGCAGAAGGAGAAAGUGAGCCCGAACCAACUGCAGAAGGAGAAAGUGAACCAGAACCAACUGCAGAAGGGGAAAGUGAACCAGAACCAACAGCAGAAGGGGAAAGUGAACCAGAACCAACGACAGAAGGGGAAAGUGAACCAGAACCAACAGCAGAAGGGGAAAGUGAACCAGAACCAACUGCAGAAGGGGAAAGUGAACCAGAACCAACUGCAGAAGGGGAAAGUGAACCAGAACCAACAGCAGAAGGGGAAAGUGAACCAGAACCAACGGCAGAAGGGAAAAGUGAACCAGAACCAACAGCAGAAGGGGAAAGUGAACCAGAACCAACUGCAGAAGGGGAAAGUGAACCAGAACCAACAGCAGAAGGGGAAAGUGAACCUGAACCAACUGCAGAAGGAGAAAGUGAGCCCGAACCAACAGCAGAAGGAGAAAGUGAACCAGAACCAACUGCAGAAGGAGUAAGUGAACCAGAACCAACUGCAGAAGGAGAAAGUGAACCUGAACCAACAGCAGAAGGGGAAAGUGAACCAGAACCAACAGCAGAAGGGGAAAGUGAACCUGAACCGACAGCAGAAGGAGAAAGUGAACCAGAACCAACUGCAGAAGGGGAAAGUGAACCUGAACCAACGGCAGAAGGAGAAAGUGAACCAGAACCAACAGCAGAAGGGGAAAGUGAACCUGAACCGACAGCAGAAGGAGAAAGUGAGCCUGAACCAACGGCAGAAGGAGAAAGUGAACCAGAACCUGAACAUGAAGGUGAACCAGAACCCUUUUCAAAUUCAACCGCUGAACCAGAACCAGAAGGAGAGCCGUGGCCCGAGCCUGGACCAGAUUGGGAUAAAGCUUUUGACUUGCUUGGACCAGCUUGGGGCUUACAUAUAUAUGGUUUUGCCUUCGGGUUUAUACUUGUUGGGACGUAUGCCAGUCAUGUUGUCAUGACUGUCUUUGGAGACAGGCAUCGUACGGGAUCCAGGUCACUGACUGCAACAUUAAACACACUUCUAUUAAUAUUUGGGGUUACUCGGUCCAUCUCACUCUUUGUAAAUCCAUACGGAGCGCGAGAAAAUACACCAAUUCUCCUAUCCCGUAUGAUGUGGUCCAUUGGGUUUCCUUGUCUCACAGCUGUUCUUUCCACACUGUUACUCGUUCUUAUCGAUACAACAAAGGUUUCUUUGGCGCCUCCUCGCUUUCAAAAAUUCUCUGCUGUUGCUCGAGUUUGUGGUGUACACUUCUUAGUAGUUCUAGGAACGGACGUUCUCGUUUCAUUUUUUAUCGACAUGAAAGGGUUGCUGCUUAUGUGUCAAAUAAUCUACAUAACAUGGAGUGCACUUUUAGCGGUUGGUUAUUUCAGGGUCAGUCAACUCAUCAAAGCGAAUUUCAAGUCUAGUUUGAGUCAGAAGAAAAACAUGCAAGGCGAUCAAGAUAAGAAAGCCAUGCGUCUUCAUCGCAACAUCAUGGUAUGCAGUGGGAUAGCCGUUGCGAGCUGCGCUACCCACAUAUACGGUGCAUUUGGUGUGUUUGGUAUCUUCUCCGACCUGGUGGUGGUACCAACCUGGCCUUGGUGGGCAUUCCAGAGUCUUAUGAGACUUGAGGAAAUCCUCAUGGCUGUUCUUGUAUUUAUACUCGCAGGUAAAGCGAAGAAGGUGAACGACGUCCGAGACGCAAAGAGAACUGGUAUCUCCAAGAUUUUCCAUUCAGCCAUUGAGCGUUUCAAUCCUGGCGGUAGAUAUGCCAGAAGAAAGCAGGUGACACCACUGACAUCAGCAACAGAGUGUCGAGGGACGCCCUCUCAGGGUGGGGUUAAGAGGGCGUGGCCCAAGGGAAAAGAGGUUACUAGUUGUGUUGGUAGUGUUACUGUUGGAGACUUCGGUGCUCUACCUCCUGUUCGGUCAUAAGUGUAGCUGAAGAGACAUGUUUACCAAUGCAAUCAUUAAUGACUACCUUUAAACCCAACGUUCUACACGACAACCCGAAAUCUAGCCAUAGACUUGCCAAACGUAGCAACGGGUAAUAUUGGAAUAUGCCUACUUGAGUUCAGCACGGAUGUACUGUAUCGUAUGAAUAAGAACCCCACUCUCCAAUAUACAGAUUACGGUAUUUCGGUUGAAUAAUUCAAUUGCAUUGCACUCUAAAAACAUAUUGGGUAAAAAUGCUCCAUGAGGGUAAUUAUGUGUCCAACCAACAUUGAGCAUUUCUUUUUGGCAUUUUUAUUUCUCCAGUGUGAUGAAAAUUUUGCCCAUUCUAAAAUAAUUGCUGCUUAUUUUUUAAACCUUACUGGACAAUAUGCUUCCCGCAUUGGGUAAAAUACUGCCCCAAAUUGGUUGGACACAUAAUUACCCUCGUGCUGGUUAAAAUUUUACCCAAUAUUUUUUACAGUGUAGAUAAUAAACUUUUGUCUUUCAAAAAUAAUUCGAGUUGAAUUUCUAUUGAUAUCUCUUAUUUCGCCGGGAAAUCUUUUUGGCCUGAUAAGUCAUUCAUAAGAAUAAAUGAAUGUAUGUUUUGGAGAAGACAUUCAUUAAAGGAGCGAUGGGGUGUGAAGCUAAUUUGAACACUGGUGAACAUGGCCCUGGUAAGGGUGAUGCGUGUGUUAUUUUCCAUAGGCAGUACCCCCUGGAAAUCUGAUAGGCAUGAUAAAUCUCUAAAAUGUAACCAAAAUAUCAAGUUUUUAUGGACCAAAACGACAUUUAUUUUAUAGUGAAACCUCUUUUCUUCGCUUGUCAAAUUUCUCGGGACCAAAACGACCUUCAUUUUUUAGUGAACCCCUUUUUUCUUUUUUACUUGUCAAAGUUACUUGAGCGCCCCUGUAAAAAAAAUCGUUACCAGGGCGCUGCUAGUGAAGGUCUGAAGGAUUAGCCAGGUGUGAAAAUAAUUUAAAAUAAAUAUAUUGCUGAAAUUUUCAUUUCCAUAGGAUUACCCCCAAAAUGAUAAAAAUAUGGAACUUUCAAAUUUAAAGUAAAACAUUUAUAGAAUUUUCAUAAUGGAUAUGCAAUGGGUGGUUAUUCCUAUUCUAUGAGUAACAAAUAUUUCAAUGAAAUUAAGAUUUGAGUUUCGGGUCGAAAUGCUGCUUUCAUAAUCUUUCUUGAGGGGCGUCCUUUUUCAAGCCUUUGUGCUUAUGACUGUCCCCUCCCAUGCAAUGAUUGUUUAUUGUUAUUUUACCGUGAAAUAUUGUCAAUAUAUUUUCUGUUGUAUGAUUUAUCUUUUGCAUGGAAAUAAAGAAUCAAUCAAUCAAUCAAUAAUACCUUGAUUGGCGGGUCUAUUUUAUUUAAUUAUGUGUUUUGUAGGUUAUUGUAAUAAAAAGGUUUUAAGAAAUAAUAUCUUCCAAUCUGUUGACUUAAAAUACCAUAACUUCGUCAUAUUUAUUGCAAUCAAAUAGGGCCUGUGCCAUGGACACAUUUUCGUUAAAUUAUCUAUACACACGUAAUCAUGAUAAAAAUGUUUUUUCAUAUUAUUCUUUAUAUUAUCUUAGAGAUUUAAUAAAGAUACAGUAUGUAAAAGUGGGAUUAUGAAGUAAAAAGGUAAAGGUCACAGAGCAGAGGUGAUCAUUAUUUUAAUCAAGCGAGCAAUAAAUGUUCACUAUUCAUAUUACUAUUUAUCAUUUUAUCAUGCUUUGAGAGAGUUUUGUUGGGAAGACUGUUUUACCUGUCUUUCUUCCGUUUAACCUUUUAAUUUUCUUUUCAAGAGUGCUCCUAUGAGACUACACUGAAAUCGAAAUGUAAUGUUUACUCUUUUUAAAUGCAGUAAAUGACUGUUGCAAAUUCACCUCGCCUAUCUAAAAUAAAACUAACAUGUCACUUUGUGAAUAAAGCUGCAACCCCAACACCUUUUUUCCAUCUUCUAUCCAUCGUCGCAUUUUAGUCUCAAUUGAUCAGUCCUUUGAAUUGACUUCUUCAGAAGAUUACAAGCAGGUGAUAUUUUGCAAAGCUUUCAAAUCAACCGAUGAAAUCUUUGCACUUCUCAACCUUAUAUAAUUCAACUGACUGAGGUAGGGCUUUUAUUAUUACUUCGCCAACGUCGGUUUGGGUCGAAAGACGUAUGUGUAGGUCUUUUAUUCCAAAUGCUUUUGUUAAUAUCUCGAGGGCUUUUUAUUUUGUAUAGACCUUAUAAAAAAUAUUCUCACCUAGCUUGUCCGCCACCUCGCUCAAAUAAAAAUAUGCUAAGCCCAUCUGUCGUGCUUUUUUAAAUCACUGUAUUUGACAUUUGUUUCUUCAGAUUAACCUCUGUUUUCUCAGUUUCGUAAACUUUAACAGGUUUAAGAUAAAAUUGUUCCGUUCUUGUUCUUACUCCUUUGAAUUCUUGACGAUUUCUUUUGUAACGUAAUACAAUUCGAUUCAACAUCAGUCAAAGCUUAAGACUGGCUUGAAAGUAUCCGUACAUUGAUUUAAAGGAGAAUGAAACCCUUGAAACCAGCUGAAUCCAUGUCAAAGAGAAAAAUCAAAGAAACAUAUUGUUGAAAAUUUGAGGAAGAUUGAAUGAAUGAUAAGAAAGUUAUGAGCAUUUGAAUAUUGAGAUCACUAAUGCCAUGUAGAUCCUCCCGUUGGCAAUGCGACCAAGAUCUGUGAUGUCACACACGUACAACUCCCUCAUUACUUUAGUACUUAUUUCACUUAUAUUAUCACUUUUAUAGAGUCUAUCACAAGGUGAGGUGUUCUCUUUAUGAGAGGACAAGUACAGAGGUUUCACAACAUUAUAUCAUUGAUGAAUCAUUUUGUCAUAUGAUUAGAAUGAGCAAAAAGAGAUGUUUUGGGGUAUAUUUUCAGUGUCCAAAAGGGGAGAGUUGUUCAUCUGUGACAUCAUAGAUCUUGGUCGCAUUGCCAAAAGGAGGAUCUCCAUAGCAUUAGUGAUCUCGACAUUCAAAUGCUCAUAACUCUUCUAUUGCUAGUCCUAUUUUACUCAAAUUUUUGUUGAUCUUAUUCUUAGAUUUUUCUGCUUUCGCAAAAGCUAAC